UCCACAGGCUCUGGGCAUCCUCAGACAGGUGGAGGAGACGUCCUCAAGCAGCUGAACUGCACCGGGCUCGGACUUGAGGACUGGGCUGGGCUGCAGGACGAGCGGCGGCGCUCGCUGUGCACGCUCGGUGCACGGAUCCUCCCCCCCCCACCCCUCUCCUCCCUCCUCAUCCCUCAUUUGCUCCCCUUGCAGCUGAUGCCAGAUACAAAAACAUGCUUCGGCUGAUUCCCCCCCCGUCCUGAUGAUCCCCCGCACACAUGCUUGAUAUUUUCAGCGUGCGCGCGGAGAAGAUGAGGGGGAUGUAGCCGCAGCAGGACAAAUGAGGAGAACACAUGGACUGCAGCUUUUUCCCUGAGAUUCUUACGGCGUAACCGGGCUUUCAUCGCGCUGCUCUGGUCAUGGAGAGCCAAGCGGUCGAGCCGCAGAACUAUGAAGAUGUGCAGAAAAGCGGCUACCUCCGCAAGCACAAAUCGAUGCACCGGCGGUUCUUCGUGCUGAGGGCGGCCUCGGAGCAUGGUCCCGCUCGUCUUGAGUACUAUGAGAACGAAAAGAAAUUCCGCAGUAAAUCACCUGUGCCCAAGAAGGUCCUGAACCUGGAGACCUGCUUCAACAUCAACAAGCGGGCGGAUUCCAAGAACAAGCACAUGAUCGUGCUCUACACCCGCAGCGAGAGCUUUGCCAUUGCUGCGGACAGCGAGGAGGUCCAGAAUGAGUGGUACCAAGCCAUGCUGGAUCUUCAGUGCAACUGUAAAACUCCAGAAGACUAUGGCAGCAGUGGAGAGUGUAGCUCUCCAUCUCCCAUCCCAACUUUUAAGGAGGUAUGGCAAGUCAAGGUUUGGCCUAAAGGUCUUGGACAUGCCAGGAACUUGGUGGGCAUCUAUCGGCUGUGCCUAACUGAUAAGACAGUCAACUUUGUCAAACUCAACUCGGAUGUGGCCGCUGUGGUGUUGCAGCUGAUGAAUGUCCGCAGGUGUGGCCAUUCAGAGAACUUCUUCUUCAUCGAGGUGGGACGCUCAGCCAUCACAGGCCCUGGAGAGUUCUGGAUGCAAGUGGACGACUCCGUUGUGGCUCAAAACAUGCACGAGACUCUGCUGGAGGCGAUGAAAGCCCUGAGUGAGGAGUUCCGUCAGCGCAGCAAGUCUCAGUCUGUGGGAACUUCCUGUGGUGGCGGCACUGCUUCAAACCCCAUUAGUGUCCCGAGUCGGCGUCAUCACCCAAACCUGCCACCAAGCCAGGUGGGCUUCUCCAGACGAGCACGCACUGAGACCCCAGGAACAGGUGGCAGCAGCACAAGCACAUCACCCACGUCACGUCAUGGUUUUCCAAGGGCACGAACAGCCAGCAUCGGAGCCAGGUCGGAGGAGGGAGGAGCGAGUGCCAGAGGGACGUGGGCCAGUUCCAGCCCGAGCCUGAAUGGAUCCUGCUCUACUACUCCAACGCUUAGGCCCAAACCCACAAGGGCUCCAACACCUGCUAAGAUUACCUUAAGCCUUGCACGUUACACACCUAACCCUGCUCCCUCUCCCGCACCAAGCCUAUCCUCCAGUUCAGGUCACGGGUCAGAGUGUGGCCUGGUUGGGUCCGUAGUGGGAGGCAUGUCGAUUUGCUCCUACGCUCGCGUUUCUCAAAGAGUUUCUGUUUCAGGUUCACCGAGUGACUACGGGUCCUCGGAUGAGUAUGGCUCCAGUCCUGGUGAACACUCUCUGCUCAUACCAAGUCUAUCAGGACAUCAUGCACAUGGAGAGGGCUCCUCCAGCUAUAUAGUAAUGGGACAACGAGAGGGUCUGCUUGGUUCCCAUCAUCAUCCAAAAGGUAGACGGAUUCUGCGACGCUCAUCAAGUCGAGAGUCUGAGGCCGAGCGAAGGCUGCUGAGCAAGAGGGCGUCCCUGCCUUUGGCAUCCCAUGAAAGACUAACCCCGCACAGAAAAGAUGAAGAUGAUGACGAUGAGGAAGAGUAUGCCAUCAUGUCACAGAGUGCUAAUAGAGAGAGGGCGGAUCUGCAUCAAGGCUCAGGGAAUCCAGCAGUACAGGGUGGGCAGCUUGACGCAGUAGGGAAGAACAGGAAGAAGGCUGACAAAAGCAGGGGACAUGGGGACAGAGGAGCAGCUGUAGACAGUGGCUACAUGUCAAUGUUACCUGGGGUGACAUCUCCACCUGUUUCACUAUCUCUUUCAAUGGGUAUGUACGACGCCAGUGCUAAACCUGGGGCAGAUGACGAGUACAUGGCCAUGACCCCCAACAACAGCGUGUCCCCUCCUCAGCACAUCCGCCAACCCACCUCAGAGGGCUACAUGGUCAUGUCUCCUAACAGCAGCAGCUCCACAGACCUGCACGGACUGGGCAUAUGGGAGAGCAGAGCCAGCAUGGAGAGCCGGGCAGCCAGUGACUACAUGAACAUUUCCCCUGUCAGCAGUCGCUCUGCCUGCAGCACACCGCCUUCACACCCUGAGCAGCACCAGCUGCAACCAAAAAUGUUCAAUUCAUACUUCUCCCUGCCACGAGCCUAUCAGCAUACCCUGUAUAGUCGCUUUGAGGAGGACUUGAACAAGGGGGAAGAAAAGAAAGACAGCAGUGGGCAUGAAAGUGCUGGUAGGGGAGGGAGAACAGGGUACAGCAAAAGAAACAAAAUUGCAGUGGGCUCUGCAGGAGGCUGCCAGCUCUCCAUGUCUUCCUCUUCUUUCUCCUCCAGCUCUGCUAGCAGUGAAAGCCUUGAAGAUAAGUCAACAUCUGGUGGGCGGGGGCUAAGUUUAUUAAGAACUGGGGCGGAAUACAAAAGUGCAGGAACAUCCACAAAGGAUGGACGUCACCACCAAAAGCGCGCAUCCAGUAGUAAAAGCCCAAAGCAACAGAGGAGGGGGCGUCCUUUGAGCGUAUCUUCAGACAUUGCUAAAGCGAACACCUUGCCAAGGGUUAAGGAGAAUCUACCACCAUUGGGAUCCCAGAAUGUUGGGGACUAUGUAAGUAUUGUCUUUAAGGAAGAUGGUGCAUCCGAUAAAGAACGAAGUGGAGGGUCUCGUCACAGACCGCCUAUAAUCCAUGGAACUCUUCGGCCCAUAAACCAGCCGCUCCUCUGUCAUGAUAACCCUGCUAACCUUCCCCGCAGCUUCUCGGCACCACUCUCCACCUGCGCUGAGUAUGUCAACAUGGAUUUAGGGAAAUCCUCCACACCCCUGACUCAUGUUAGGUCCACAUUCAGCACCCUGCAGGACCCACCGACAGCUUCCCCCAAGGCCCGGCAUGAACACAGCUCGCCCUCUCCACUGGUAGCAGAGUGCAGCGCAGGGUACAGAACAAAAAUAAAGAUGGCAACAGGGCCGACGGACGUUCCAUUCAUGGACAGCAAAAUUUCCAAUUCGAGCAACUUAGCAAGACCUGCCAUCCACUCUGGUCAAGCACUAUCUAGAGAGCAGGAGGCAAGUUUGGGUUCUUCCCCGGUCAAGUCCUUCCAGUCGCCUGAUAAGAGCGGCAGACUGGUCCGAGGUGAUCAACAGGGACACCUGAGCCACCGGUCAGAGACGUUUAGCUCACCGCCAUCUUUGCCACCAUACGCAUCUUCUUCUACCUCCCUCUUCCCCGAGGGCAGCCAGGCAGCGAGUCAUCGGCAGGGUUUGGACUGCUCACUGUGGGAGAAUGGCCAGACUGCUGGUUUGUCUGCCACGCCUCCACCCCAAGCCUCCACCACAUCCACUGAACAAGGCCUUAACUACAUAGACCUUGACUUAGCCAUGAAGGAGAGCCCUCAAGCUGGAGCAGAGCGCACCUCUCCUGUCUACAACGUCGGAGCGAGUACCAGUGCCGGCUCUUCCCUCAACACUUACGCCAGUAUUGAUUUCUACAAAUCGGAGGAACUACGAAUGAACCAGAGCAGUAGGAAGGAGGGGCAAGACUGUUGAUCUCCGUCGUUGUCUUUGAUGCGACGGCUCGCCGUGUGUUGCCACAACAGAACUGUACGCCGGAGUCGGAUCGCUGAAACUAUGGAAAUCUGAUCCCUUCCUGUUUGCUGUUUUCUGUCAACCAAAUGUGUGCCAAACACACACACACGCACGCACACGCAAACGCGCACUUACACACACACAGCCUUACAAACUCAACACACAAUCAAAGCGUAAGGAAAAGACGUUACGUUGCUUGAACUAAGGAGACACUUGAUCUUUUUCUUUAACUAGGUACAGAGAAGCUCACAGGUGACAGGCUACAAAAUAUGGUUGCCAUUUUUUUGUACUUUAUUCGAAAUCAUAAUUGUUCCAAAAUGCUUUAUUGUGUGUAGAUGUAAGUUUAAAUGAAUUUUAUAAUUGGCAAAAUCUCCAUCUGUCAUUUUUGAGCGAACCAGUUGGUUGAAGUUUUGUGCCACAAGACUGGAAAGUAAUUAUAUGCUAAUUAGUGAGAUUAUUUAAUUUCACUGCAGUGUUACAUCCUUCUUCUUCUUUGCACACCUAGUUUAAAUGAUCAACAAGUGUCCCUUAGGUUCAAGCAAAUAAGAAGAUAACUACUGGACACACGUUUCUUAAACAUUCACACCAUCUCACUGUAAACAGUUUUAAAUUAUUAUCUACUGUAAAGUUGCCCCCCCAAAAAAAGCUUUUAUACUUCUAGACUACUGCUCUUGUGUUACUGAGGUGCUUCAAAUACUGGUCAAAUGCUUUGAAAUGUAAAGACUCACUACAGAGCCCUUCACAUUUAUUUGCUCUCCUGGUGAGGAUGUGUAAAAAUCCUUCAAAUAAAUUAGUCUUUUAUUGCAGCAGCAACAUUUCACAUAAGAUGAUUCUAAGACUAAAAGGGACUUUUCAGUGCAAGCUGCCCAAAACAAUGUUGGCAUGUAUCUAGUUUCUAAUGGCUGUAAUACAAAUCUGACAAACUCUUUGUUGGAGUUUUUAAAUUAUAAGUUGCCUUGUUUGCCUCGACCAGCCUUGUUUGUUCCCUUUCUCUUAAAUUUUUGCAGUCAUUUCCUAACUUGUGGGGUUGAUGUUUUUUCUUGAGUGGCAUGUUCUCUUGUCUUUCCCACUUUGAAGAAAGGAAAAGAGCAAUGUGCCUCUGCGUCACAUAAAAGUUUUCCCAAGGAAGCCGCAAGUCACGCAUUACAAAUGAAAGGAUUCUCAAUACUCUAAUCACCUUGAAAAGAUAAAGAGAUUUAAAUUAGAUAAAAAAUAAAAUAGGACUUAACUUUAAGGCUUUUUGCAUGUCUUUACAGAGAUGCCAGUUAAAGUGAAGGACGCUUUUCCACCAUUUACCCAUCAACCCCCAUUGCUGUGAUGCGAAUCAAGUCCAGCCCCAUUCAAAUUGGAAAAAUUAUUUUGCUUGUAUUUGGAGAAAUGUCCCGGCUGAUGGGUGCUAAAGAGUCUUGAACAUAAAACUAGCAAGGCUCUUCGUGUCCCACUUUUAAGUGUUCAAAGAUUUGCCCGAUUGUUAGACGCAUAGAAGUUGAACAGACGCAGCCGGUCUGCGACGUCGACACGGACAGAGAGCUGCAAAUAUUCCCUCCUCGUCCGCCUUCGGAUUCCUCUUAAUAACAGUGUAUCAGACGAGGCUGACACAUGACUGUCAAAUCAAUUACAUGAUGUCUGAGUCACAUCGCCGAGCGCUUCAGCAGGAGAGAGACCACCAGAGGAAAAGAAACAGAGAUAUACGUUGUUUUUUUUAAGUUGACUUAAAAUCAUUUUGAACUUUUAAGUAACACAAACUUAGUAGAAAAAUUAUAAAUGCUUUUUUUUUGGCAUCUUAGCUUUUCUAUUACAACUAUAUAUUACACUAUGGUAUAUACUAUAGUAAUAAGAGUAGAGUGACAGAAGCUAUAGUACAUACUGUGGUUAUAGUUUUCCUCAUUUCCGAAACAGUUAACACAAUUUUAAUAUAAAGUGACACACUACAAUGGUAUAUAAAAUAUACAGUAUACAUAUAAUGAAUAAUACUAUAUAGCCUAGAUAUCUAUAUACUCUUUUAUAAAGUGCCUCAUUUUUGAUUGUAGCUGUUUUUACACAGGUGAUCUUAAAAUGGGUUGUGAAAAUGGGGGGUGGACAAAAAAACAAAAAACAAUAAAAUUUCUCUUCAAAACUUAAAUUUGUGGAAGGAGGACAGACCAGAAACUUAAAACUGCUGCCAUUCAACAGUGAUUAGAUUGCCUUAAAAUGUUUUAUGAGAGACAUGAAAAAAGAAGCAGUUUUGAUUUUGUUGCAGUGCCUAACACUGAAGCCACGAUGUAAGCACAUGCACCCCUCUCGCUAUUUUAUUUACAUUUUUUUUGGUUGGUUUUUGUCAAACUGUGGUUUUACUAAAAAAAAAAAAAA